AUGGUAUCCUCGAAAGCCAUAGAUUUGGCCUUUACUAAAGCAUUACCCAAGAUUGAGCUCCAUGCUCAUCUCACUGGAAGCAUCUCCCGGCAAUGCCUGCGAGAAAUUUGGCUCCAGAAGAAGGCAAAAAAUGCAGAAUUGGAUAUCAUGGAUCCUUACAUUGCAAUGCCUCAAGGCAAGGUGGAUUUUACCCUGGACACGUUCUUCCAGGUUUUCACAAACAUGAUCCAUCAGCUCUGUACCGAUUCGGAAAGUCUUAGAUAUUCAACAAGAUCUGUCCUGCAGGAUUUCGAGCGUGAUGGCAUUCGAUACCUUGAAUUACGCACGACUCCACGAGAGAGCCUAGAGCAAGGAAUUUCGAAGGAAAAAUACAUAUCAACGGUUCUUGAUACGAUUGACGAAUACCGAAGUGAGCAGAUGCCCACAUACCUUAUAAUUUCUGUGGAUAGAACAAAAACCGCUUCAGACGCUCUUGAAGCGAUAGAUUUGGCCAUCAAAUAUCAGGGUCGAGGCGUGGUUGGAGUGGAACUUGGCGGUAACCCUACGAGAGGAGAUGUUCGCAUCUUCAGGCCUGCCUUUGACAAAGCGAAAGCCCAUGGUCUCAAAUUGACUCUUCACUUUGCCGAAUCGGUAUUUUCGUCAUCUCCUGAUGAACUCAACACGCUCCUGUCUUACGAACCUGAUAGGCUUGGCCAUGUUAUCCAUGUUCCUGAUGAUAUAAAAGAUGAAAUUUCACGUCGGAAAAUUGGAUUGGAACUUUGCCUCUCAUGCAACGUAUAUGGCAAGUUGAUUCAGGGGGGGUUUCCAGAUCAUCAUUUUGGCUACUGGAUCCAUCAAGAAUGUCCAGUUCUUCUUUCGACGGACGAUGUCGGAUUCUUCUGUAGCCCCUUGUCAAACGAAUAUCUUAUCGCUGCCGAGAGUUUUGACUUGGAUCGAGGCAUGGUAAUCGACAUGUGCAAGAAAGGGAUAAGUGCAAUAUUUGCUGGACCAGAGGAAAAGAAAAGGCUAUAUAACUUGCUAUCGGAAUUCGAAGCUCAGAAUAUGUGA